AUGGCAGAGCAGAGCAGAGCAGAGCAGAGCAUCCACACCACACAUGCCACCACCCGACCCCACACCAUGCCACAUGCCAUGGCACCACCUGCCACCACCCCACCCCACACCAUGCCACAUGCCAUCGCACCACAUGCCACCACCACCCACCUGCACCACCCCACCUCAUGCCACCACCACCCACCCUGCACUGCCUGCACCACCCCACAUGCCACCACACCAUGCACUGCACCACCCACAUACCCUGCACACCCCAGCCAUGCACUGCAAUCACCCCCACCCAACCAUGCACUGCACCACCCAUGCCGCCACCACCCCACACCACCCUGCACUGCACCACCCCACGUGCCACCGCCCCAACCAUGCACUGCACCCCCGCCCGCCCCUGCACCACCCACAUUGCCACCACACCCAAGCCAUGCGUUGCGCCACCCACGUGCCACCACGCCCAACCAUGCACUGCACCACCCCACAUGCCACCCCACCUUGCACUGCACCGCCACAUGCCACCACACCCCACCCUGCACUGCACCACCCCUGCAUGCCACCGCACCCUGCCCUGCACUGCACCGCCCUGCCAUGCGCCACACACCUGCACCACCCAUGCACCACCCGGCCACGCCGCCACCACACCCAGCCAUGCGCUGCACCACCCCACAUGCCACCACACCCAGCCAUGCACCACGUGCCACCGCCACCAUGCCACCACACCCCACCCUGCCCGCCACUGCACCCUUACAUGCCACCACACCCAACCAUGCACUGCGCCAUCCCAUGCCACCACGCCCAGCCAUUGCUGCACCACCCCAUGCCACCACACCCCACCUGCACUGCACCACCCCACAUGCCACCACACCCCACCAUGCACUGCACCACCCCACAUGCCACCACACCCAACCAUGCACUGCACCACCCCACAUGCCACCACACCCUGCACUGCACUGCACCACCCACCUGCCACCACACCCAGCCAUGCACUGCACCACCUUGUGCCACCACACCCACCA